GGUUGAAGGAAUCUCUUUCCAAAAUUGGGUUUUCAUCCUCAUUAUGCUUGAAACAACACAUAGUGAACACAUAGAUUGUCAGCAAAGAGCAGACUUGCAGUAUAAUGGAACAGCAGUUGAUUGUUCACACACAGGUAUCUUAAGAGUUCCCGACAAACUUCCUGUAAACACCACAACUCUAGAUUUAACGUUUAAUAAUAUAACAAUUCUAUACAACAAUGAUUUCUUACAUCUUGUCAAUCUACGAUAUCUUGAUGUUAGUUUUAAUCCUAUUCGCACAGUACAGUCAUCAUCAUUUAACGGAUUAUCUUUAUUGCUGAUACUGGAAUUUAAUGGACAUAUGUUGGAUUAUAGUGAAGCUUCCAUGCCAGAUGACGUUUUUAAACCCCUUCAAUCACUUACCAACCUAAGUAUGAGAUCAGAUGUUUCACGGUUUCCUCUAAGACAAUUUAAUUUACCUGACUGGGUUUUUGGAUCACUCACAAAUUUAAGACAUUUAAAUAUUGACACCGGCUCUAAAACCGUAUUCAAUUCUGGUUUUUCAGAUUUGACAGAACUCAGGUAUUUGGUUAUCGGUGAUACGGCAGUUCACGGAACUUCAUUUGCGUGUGGACUUGGAACCAUAACUAACGAAACCUUUAAAGGUCUCUUGAAAACACAGAUAACAUAUCUACAAUUAAAUAGUUGCAAUUUGCAAAUAUUCCACCAUAAUUCGCUUCGAUAUUUGACUAAUUUAACAGAUUUAAUUAUGCAGGGCACAUCAUUAGGGAAAGGAAGUCUGCAGGAUGUUUUCCAGGCAUUGAGUGUGUACCAAGAUAAAAAAAUGUCAGUUGUUUCCAUUACCGAUUUUGAAUCUUAUAGCAAUGAUGUCGGAACAGCGGCUUCAAUUUCUGUUAAAACCGUAUAUCGUAUAUGUGUUAGUUAUAUUGAUUUAAGUUCAAAUUCUAUAAUAUAUAUAGAUUUUAAGGGAGUACCCCCGUUAAAUUGUCCCCUAAUGAAAUGCGUGAAAUCUCUCAACCUAAGGCAUAACAAAAUUAGCCUUGGUAGUCUACCUAAAGUGUGGUUUCUUUUUCUUCUACUUUUUUCAAACUUAGAAACGAUUGACGUAUCUCUACAGAGGAAAUAUUCUGUUGAUGAAGCUACACGUACAUGGGAAGAAGGUGGGGGCCAUAUACAUCUUCCCAUUCCGAUACCGAUGAUAGUUCCCCAAAAAAUCAAAUCAAUAAAUGCUGCUGGAUCUCCGAAAUUCGGACCCUUGUUGGAUAUUUAUUUUUUGAAUGGAAAAGAAAUGCAGUUACUAAAUCUCUCAUACUCUGGCCUCUCCGAUUUUAAUCAUACAAUUAUAGGCCUGGAUAAUCUAGAAAUUUUGGAUUUCAGUCACAAUGACAUGAGCAUCACCAGUGAAAAGUUUUUUGAUACAUUUCCAAAUUUGAAACAAUUACGUUUAAGCUGCGUACAAUUUGAUAUUAACUUUAUAUCACAACAUGGUAAAAGGCUGUUUAGUCCUUUAAAAAAUCUCGAAAACCUUGAUUUAUCAGACAAUGGCCUGUCGUUUUUGCCAAAUGAUAUAUUCAGCACGCUUGUAACAUUACAAGUUAUUAAUCUGGCUUUUAAUACUUUGAUAACAAUACCAGAUUUAACAUCUCUAAGUAAACUGAACUUUAUAGAUCUGAGUCACAACUCAUUUACAACAAUCGAAAAUAAAUACAGACUGAUGUUGGAUAAAACUGCAGAAAAUAAUCAAAAGUUCCAUUUGUCACUUUGGGGAAACACCUUCUCUUGUAUUUGUGAGUCGACUGGGUUUUUAAUUUGGUUACAAGAAACCAGUGUUGAGUUAGAUGGUGGUAAUUAUUCGUGCAUGGACGUUACUGGGCAGAUGACCUACACUAAAAAAGUUAAAACCCAUUGGAUAGCCUUUCAGAGAUACUGUGUUUCAGGACUUUGGUUAAAUAUGGCGAUGGGUGGGGCAAGUGUGGUUGUUGUUACUCUGAUAAUAGCUUUUGUUUUCAUCAAAAAUAAGAUGAAACUAAAAAUGAUUCUUUUAAGAAUGAUAGGACAAAAUAUGUAUCCCAAGAAGCGGAAUGAAUUUCUGUACGACGCCUAUGUAAUCUACACUGAUUCUAUCUAUAGUUGGGUUUGUAAUAAACUAAGAACUGAACUAGAAACCAAUCGUAAAAUAAAAUUAAACCUACGAGAUAGAGAUCAUUUACCGGGCGGUUCUCACGCAGAUGAUAUAUUAGAAGCUGUUAGAGACAGUUGGAAAAUAGUUUUAAUUUUAACUGAAGAUUUCCUGAAAAGUGAUCUGGCUUAUUUUACAAUGUGUAACUGUUUAUCAGCCAUAACACUAACAACACCACAACGAUUAAUCAUUGUAAUCGAUCAUCAGUUAAGAAUACCUGCUAAUGUCGAUUUCUUAAUAGAAGCUGUUUCACAAAGAAAUAUUAUUACUGCUGACAUUAAAACGGCAAAUACAUGUUUUAAUUACCCCAGGUUGGCCGAUAUAAUCCUGCAUGAAGAAAGGACACAAUAAUUAUUUUGUAACCCAGGACAGCCUUAAUGCCCCUUUUAAUGCCCUGUUUAAUAAAUGUUAAUUCGUAUAAAUUUUGAUCUAUCCGUAUUUAAUAAACAUUUAUGUUUAAAGUAGCUAAGUCUAGAACUCAAUAUCAUCCAAAACCUUCGACAAUGAAAAUACAAAUUAUUUGUCAAUUUUAAUCAACAUUGGUGUUGUGAUCUUACCGGAAAAAGAUGGGCUUCUGAUAUCCAAUAUUUAAGACAAAAUAAACAUUUCAGCGCGAUUUGUAACAAGCGACUCGAAGAACGAGGUUAGACAUAUUCCACAAGUCAUGUCAAACGGUGACCCCAUAUUCUUAUCCGGAGAACAUGCGCAAUAAAUACUAUCGGUGUAGACUGGAAUAACCAGACGCUAGAGAUUGCCAUUGGAUUGAGACUUCUGGCGUAUUUCUCCGAACAUAACUGCUUUGAAAUUUUAGUAAAAACGUAAACGAUUGAAUGUAAAUCAGUUUAUAAACAUUCAUAUAACAUUAUUAUAUACGUUGCGACCUAUCUGUGUCAAUUUGUAGGUCCCAAAUAUUAGUGAUUUAGCUCCUUUAAUGUCAUUUACUACAGCUAUAUGAAGAGUUAAUGUUAUAAUAAAGAUAAACUAGUUAAGAGCUAAAUAUGCCUAUUUCAAGUCUUUCUAUAGGCUACAAAUGUUAUAGAAAUUAUUGAUUAGACAUUUAUUUACAUAACAACCUCAAAAUCAAGUCUCUAGACCUUCGGCUGGGUUGGAUACAGUUUGGGUUUAAACACUGUAUUAAAGAUACACUAGUUAAAAAACAAUAUUGGUGUCAGUUAUUAUCAGAUAUGUGGUAGAACUCGUUAAACACGUUCCAAAUAUAAUUUUAACACAGAGAUCAUUGCUACGAUAGAUGCGUAAUGGAGGUUUCUACAAAAGGAAGUGACGAGUUAUUUGUCUAUAUAACUGACUGAAGUGACGAGUAAUAACAGAUACACGGGCAAAAUAAAAUUGAAAUAAAACUGAACCAUGUGUUAGUCCUGAAAUGACCUAGUAUGUAGACGUUAAACCCCAUUCCUCUCUCUCUUUCUCUCUCCUUUGUAUUUUCGAGAUUGUCCUUGAUUUGAUAACGGAUGAAUUUACGUGUCAAUGGUAUAAUUAAAUUAUUUAUUUCGAGAUUUAAAGAUAAUUGUCGAUGGAUUUCCGCUAAAGAGCUUCGACAGUAAUGUGUCAUGACUUUCGUGUGCUUCGUCAUUAAAAUGUUUCCUGUUUGGUCAGGGAGUAAUAUUAUUUUGAAAAGAUAGGGUAUGAUUAUAGAAAAGUGUUGAAUUUAUAGACAUAUUUUCCUGUCGACACAAUUUUCUUCUUCAAUCUUUCCUAUCAGUGAAGAACUGAUUAUACGUUUCUUUAAAGCGAGAAUUUCAAAUUUUCUAAGAAAGUCAAAACAUAAUUAUUUCUAUGUCUUUUGCUCAAUAGGUUAUCAACUCGCUAUUAUACGAUCAUGGGCAUUAUUUCCCACCCUUAAAAAUCUAUGACACAGGGAAUAACACAAUUACCUCCUCUGUUUCGCUAUUGACAACAUGGGGCAGCCAUUUUCCAACGUUGGAAUUUGAAGUUAAAAAUGAUAUUUUUGCCAAUUUCUCAGCUGGCAAUAGCGAAUUAUAGGAUUAAUAGGUUUAUUCUUUAACAGGGUAGGACUGUUUAUGGAUACCAUCUAUUUUAAGGCUUUAUUUUAAUACAUUUUAAAAAUAUAACUUGAAAAUUUGAAAUUGCACCUUUAAUUCUUUAUUGUUAGUAUUGCGAAUGUUUUAAAGACCUAGAAGAACACUCAAAUGAUCAGAUAUAUUCUUGUUCGCAACAUGCAAAUUUUCGAUAAUGCUAUCAGAAGACGCUCUAAUUGUGUAUCAAGUGUGUGUGCGGGGGGGGGGGGGGGCGGGGCGGUUUAGAAAAAAUUUACUCAUAAUAUUGUUCGACUGUUGUAAGUUUAAAUCGCUCAUCUAAAACGAUAUCUUAUCUUAAGAUACAUGCAAUUGGGUGUUUGCCUCAUCUAUGCCGAUAGAGGGAGCCACGGUGGCUAAGUGGGUAAGAAGCUGACUCGCUAGUCUGGAGGUCGGGUGUUCGAUCCCUACAUUGAACGUAGUUCAUCGAGAUUUUCCGGGCUGGUCUUACCCACUUAGCCACCGUGACCCUUUUAUUUUUUAAAGCCAUAUAGUUAUAACAAUAGUUUUUGUCAUGCACUGUCCCUCGCUUGAAAAUUUAUUUUUGCCUUGAUAUGAUGUUUCAAAGAAAUAACAAUUCAUACAGAAUAAUCUAUUAUAUAGUGAGAUUUCGUUUCUUUAUGGCAGAAAAAUAAGGGGUUUUUUUUUAAUGUUUAUACAAAUGUUUUUGUUUAUAUAGUCAUAAUGUAAUAGGUAAUGGUAAUUAAUUACUGCAAUGUAUAAUGGGUAAUGACAAUUAAUUACAUUGCUAAAAAUGAGAAUGUAAUUGUAAUGAAUGCAAAUAAUUUGUUUUUCUAACUUGUAUUUGUAUAUAAACCGUCUGUUUAUUAUUUUCAUCAUCAUUUGCUUGAAAACGUUGAGAGAACCCCCAAUAAAAUGUCGCUUUAAUUAAAAUA